AGCUGGGAGCCCGAGGAGAACAUCCUGGAUCCCCGGCUGCUCCUGGCUUUCCAAAAGAAGGAACAUGAAAAAGAAGUGCAGAAUCGGAAGAAGGGAAAGCGACCCCGGGGCAGGCCCAGGAAACACGUGGAACCAGAGAUGCCUGCGAAGUCAAAGUCAAGUAGCUCUUCUUCCUCCACAUCAUCCUCCUCCUCCUCUUCCUCUGAGGAAGAGGAUGAAAGUGACCUGGAAGCCAAGAGAGGUCCCCGCAGCAGAGAGACGCACCCAGUGCCACAGAAGAAAGCUCAGAUCCUGGUGGCAAAGCCUGACAUGAAAGACGCUUCCAGGAAGAAGCGUGGGCGGAAACCUCUUCCCCCAGAGCAGAAAGUGGCUCGAAGGACUGUGAACCUGACAAAGGUGCUGAAAACAUCCCGGAAGGAGGUGGGAGGCAGCGCCAAGCUGGUGGGGAAGCUGCAGCCCCAGCAUGGCACACAGGGCACAGGGAUGGCUGUGCUGAAGGACCCGCCAGGCAGCUUGGCUGGGCUCAGCUCUGGGGGAUCAACAGAAAGCCUGCCCAACAUGAUGAAGAGUGGCUCGGUGAGCCCCAGCAGGGCCAUCAGCUGGCAGAGCUCCAUCGUGCACUACAUGAACAGGAUGUCCCAAAGCCAGACUGCGGCCGAGAGCUCACCCCUGGGCAGGCUGGCACUGAAAGCACAGGCAGCUAGUAAGAGCAACUUAGGGCUGGACUUGAAAAUGAGGAGCCAGAAGGGCUCUGGGGAGCUGGGGCUGAGCAUGCAGGGAUCCAAGACUGCUAAGGCUGUUGGCAGUGGCGCUGGAGGGGACCAGAAAUCAGGGUUUGCUGCAGGAGGCCAAACACUGCCCAACGGCAGCAAGACGUCGGCGAGCUCUUCCGGGGCCAAUGUCCAGCCAAGCUCCAGCCAGGAGCUGAACCUGCAGGCUCUUUUUUUUGUCAAAAACGGGCAGAGUGUGGCCGGGGGGAGCAGCCUCCCCAGGCACCUCUGUGGUGCCCUGGCCAAGGGCUCCAGUGGUGGUGGUGCAGCCAGUGUGGGUGCUGGUGGUGCCAAGGGUGGCACUGCAGGUGCAGGGCUGAACGCUGCUGGCACACCUGCAGGGGGGGAUGGCAGCAAGAGCAAGAAGCAGAUGCCCCGGGCGGGUGACAGGGACUCAACCAAAGGUGGCUCAGCCAGCACACAAGAGGGACACACAACCACAGAGAGCCGCAAGCCGUCCACCCUGAACGAGAUGAGCACAGGAGAGGAGACCAGCUCAGAUUCAGACCGGGAUUCGGCUUCCUUCCCUGGUGUGGGUCAGAACAUGUCUGUCUCCAUCCAGACCAGCCAGGACUGGAAACCCACCCGCAGUCUGAUCGAGCAUGUCUUUGUCACCGACGUCACCGCUAACCUGAUCACAGUGACGGUCAAGGAGUCCCCGACCAGCGUGGGGUUUUUCAACCUGCGGCAAUACUGA